ACACAGGUUUGUUCCUGGUUUGAAGUAAAAGAGAAACUUCACCAUCAGGUAUCACGUUUGCCUUAAAAACAAGGAGGAUGAAGAGACAAACAUCAGGAGGAAGAAGAUGAUGAACUGAAGAAAGAGAAGCUGAUCAACAUGAGCAGCAUAAUAACAUGAAGAUCAGUAAUAUCAGAAAUGAACAGAGAGGAUGAUCAGCUGAUGAAGAGCAGAUCAGCAUGGCCAGCAGAGAGAGCAGAGCUGUUGUUCGUGAUUCUGCUCACAAGAGAAGUCAGAGCAAAGAGAUAGAGCACCCAGACUUGAGCUCUACUUCUCCUCUGAGGAUUCUUCUUCUGGGUAAAAGCGUGUCAGAAAACAGCCGUGUAGGAAACUUGAUCUUGGGUCGAUCAGCGUUUGACAGUGAAGCUCCUCCAGAUGUUGUGGAGAGAGUCGGAGGAAGACUGAAGCACAGACACGUGACGCUCAUCAACAGUCCUCAGCUGCUCCACACACACCUCUCAGAUGAUCAGAUCACACAGACGGUCAGAGAGUGUGUGAGUCUGUCUGAUCCAGGACCUCAUGUGGUGCUUCUGCUUCUCCAACAUCAGCAGUGUUCAGCAGAAGAUCAAGAGCGUGUGGAGAAGCUGCAGGACUCUUUCUCUGAGCGCCUUCUUCAACACACCCUGGUGCUCAGCACACAAGAGCCCACUGAACCCAAUCAGAUCCUGCAGAAGAUCAUCCAGAUGUGCUCAAACAGACACUUCAGUCUUCAGAGAAGCAGCUCUGCUGAUCAUCUUCUGCAGGCCUUUGAGGACAUUGAGAAGAGCAAUAAGGGACGACACCUGAUUUCUGCAGCUCAAUACAAAGAUUCAAUGCGAGAACAGACUGAGUUUAAUGAGAGACUGAGAGAAGAGAGGGAGAGGAUGGAGAGAGAGAAAGAGGAGCUUCAGUCUAAACAUGAAGAGGAACUAAACAGGAUGAAGAUCCAGAUUGAGCAACUAAACAGAGAAAGAGAAGAACUGAUGACGAGACAUGAAGAAGAGAAAGAGAGAAUGGAGAUGAUGAUGGAGGAGGAACGACAGAAACAGGAGAAAGAGAAGAAGAGGAGAGAAGAAGAGUUCAGAGAGAGAGAAGUGCGAUAUAAAAGACUGAUUAAAGAACGAGAGCAGAAGGAGAAUGAACUGCUUGAACCGAUGAAGCUGGAGCGAAUGCAGAGACAGAAACCAGAGGAACGACUGAGAAGAGAAGAGAAAGAAGAGAAACAGAAAUCUGAACUUCAUAAGAGACGCCAAAGUCCAGUUAGUGCUCAGACAUCAGCAAGUGAAACAAUGCGACCUAAGGAAACUGUAAUGAAGAGCCAACAGCCAGAACACACUCUAGUCUCCAGUCUCCCAUCCAGAUGGAUUGUUCUUCUGGGUAAAACAGGAGCUGGGAAAAGAUCAGCUAAAAACACAAUCCUGGGACAGAGAGAGUUCAGAUCUGAGAUGAGAGUGCGUCCAGCAACCAGUGAAUGUUCAGCAGCUCAGGCCACAGUUUCAGGCAGAUCUGUGUCUGUAGUCGACACUCCUGGAUUUUUUCACCCUUUUAUAGACAAUGAAGAGGUAAUGAUGGAGAUCAGCAGAAGUGUGUAUAUCUCCAGCCCUGGACCUCACGCUUUCCUCAUUGUGUUCAGUGUAAACAUGAGAUUCACUGAACAGGAGCUGCAGAUUCCUCAGAUGAUGGUGAAGAUGUUUGGUGAAGAAGUGCUGAAAUACUCCAUCAUUCUCUUCACUCAUGGAGAUCUGCUGGAAGGGUGGUCAGUAGAGGAGUUCAUUGAGAAGAACAAUAGAGUAAGAUCUUUAGUAGAUCAGUGUGGAGGCAGAUAUCAGCUGCUGAACAACAGAGAUGUGAAUAACAGAGAGCAGGUGGAGGAUCUACUGCAGAAGAUUGACUCAAUGAUAGAGCAGAAUAGAGGAGUACACUACAGUAUCCAGAUGUAUGAAGACGCUCAGAGAUUCAGACGAGAGGAAGAAAAGAGGAGACCAAGAGAAGAAAUGGAGAGAAAACCACAAGAGGAAAACAAAUACAAGAGGAGAUUGAGAAAAUGAUAACAGAGAGUCAAAGGAGGAAGUGAAGAUCUAUGGAGCAAAUAGGAAGAGAAAUAAAGCCAAACCAUAGUUGAUCCUCCUGGACUGUAUGACACAAUGAAGAUGUUAAUGACAAAGAGUAUACUAUGACUGAAUUAUAUA